CGAUAGUCGUGAUGAUGGGGAAUGCGCAUGUAGAACGAAAAUGUGGGACAAGAAAUGAUAAAGCUUAAGGUAGUAGAUCUUCGUUGGUGCCGCCAGCACCGAAGAGGAGCAAAAUGUCACUCACCAUGACGUAGUAGUUUUUGUUGAUGAAACAAAAUUCACUCUGCCCCCAUAGCCGCACUCCUAGGUGAAGUGAGCUACCCCGGCCCGCUGGUUGUUCUACUUGACAUCGCCCGAACUACAGGAACCUUAGUUCGUCCCGUAGUACAACUCGGUGCCACGGCCACGCUGGAUUUCGAGUAGGGACGAAACAACCCAAAAGCAGGAGGAUGGUUUGCUUUGGGCUUUUUGGUGGGGGGAAGAGGCGGAAUGCGGGCAGCCCGGAGAUCCAGAAGGCGCAGGCCGCUCACGUUAGUAAGCUCAAGGACAUGCAGCGGAAGCAAGAUGCGGAUUUCCGGCAACAGCUCGAGACCGUGGCGCAAUUUUCCGAGUUGUUCUCGCUCGACCCGGAGGCUCUGCCGACGAAGGGGUACGGAAACUGCUAGUGAUGCCCACAUGUUGUGCGCUGAUAAAUAACCAAAAAUCUUGCGGGUCGGUCGUUUGCAAUAGAAGUUGCACUGCAGGACGAGCAGAGUAAACUAGUACGGAAACACAAUAUUUCAGAUGCGCCUCAGUUGAUAGGCAUGAUCAUAAGUUGUAUGACAUGAUCGACAUCAAAUGCACAAACGAAUCUACAUUUCAUUUCACAGCACCCCCUCCCUAAUCUCCCUUUCCGAGCUGGAUGUCGAGGGUAUACGGCAACUCGAGGCCUACCGACGACGCGCAAACGGCAGCCGCGCGGACGGGAGCAAAGUCGCGCUGUUCGCACCCGAAAGCGACCUGCGGCAGUUCGUGUGCGACAGCCUGCUGCGCAAGCAUUCCCUCUCGCAUCUUGUGGAUCUGUUCGCGCAGGCAGCAGAGGAAGGGGCACUGCCGGAGUAUAUGUUUUUCACAUGAUCAUGUUAGACUUACUACAACCAGAAAAUCGAAAUCAGCGGUAAGCAGGGGAUCAUGCACUUUCACCUUGGUCAUGCAUUUUCCAAUCGCCGUAUCCCAUCAGAUCACUAUCGUACCCAACACUACUACAAGAAAAUACACAAGGUUUUGCCAAGACAUCACCCCGAAGGACAUCGUGAUCGGUCUCCUCCUCGGCUCUCCACCGGACGAGCUGGGGCAUUUGAUCGCGCUGCUUUGCCAGGGCAACAGCAUCGUGCCGCUCUGCUGGCCGGUUGCCGCGCACCAGAAAACCACCUUAACCCAGCUGACCAGCCUUUCGACGAAGACAAAAAUCGUGGAGCAGCAGCAACUAGCGAUCGAGCCCGUUUCGGCGGACGGUCCAGCUCUCCCGCCGAAGCGACCGCUGUUUAACGCGACCUUGGUAAACUGGGACUCCAUGCUUUACCUGCAAACGGCGAAAGUAGUGAAAACGAAGGAGCAGAACAAAACCGCGAAACCAAAGUUACUGGUUUGGCACGGCACUGCGGUCGGGAAGACGCAGUUGUUACAGCAGGCAGAACUGACCAAUGCGUCCUUGAUUUCGCAAACCAACGCCCACUCCGGCAUGCUGGUCGCGUCCGAUGACUUGACCAAAGGGUCCCUUGUGCACCGAGGUAGCAUCGACCUGGCGGCGUGCAGCAGUCUGGUCCCAGGACUGGACCUCUGGAUUGCGGACGUGCACUCGCACCAGGACGCGCGAUUGGUGUACGACGUGAGUAGCUUUGUGAACGAUGUCAGCACCGAAACUGCUGGUGCACCAGCAACUUCUGCAACCGAGCAGACGGAGGCGGAAAGGAAACAGGCCGCGGAGCUGCGAAAGCAAAAAUUGCAGGAGUUCCGCGGAAGCGUCGCACAGGCGUCAAGGGGGGUGGUAGACAGCCCGGACUUUUCCGCCGUCGUCGACACGUUGGUGGACAAGGCGUUACUCUGCUUGCACGUGGACGCGAACGACUUUGACCCGGAGACGGGGGAGGUUUUGGCGCCGCUGUUGAUAUCCAGUCUGCCGAAGGCCAGCGUGGUCGUUUGGCGGGAUUUUGACCCGGCAACGCAGAAUCCGCUUCUGCAGAAAGUGCUGAAAAAGAAUCCGAAAUUACUGCAGCAAGGCGGCGGCUCCAGCUCUUCCUCAAAUCCGAACGGAACUAAAGCAGGAGGCGGAAAAAAUGGCACAAGUGCGGCUGCUGCACAGGCCGGCCCAGCAACGGUGAUCCUGCUGGAGAACAUGAGUAACUUCCGAUCGCAAGCGAAGGCGAACGCCGUCGUGAAGCAGUUCCGUCAGGAGUUGGCGCAGGCUCUGCACUAUCAAAUGUAAAAAUGUUUGGGUCUGGAAACUUGUGAUGCUGGGUGGCGUCUCAUGAUGAGGCUACAAAUGCUGGCUCAGCAUGACAAGUUUCUGAGCUCCUAGGUGUUGCCUAUUCUGCAUGACAAACUGCGCUUCUGCGUCACAGAAAAACGGAGCUCUUGGGUAACGUGCAUGACAGGUUUAAGAGUCAUGCCAGACAAGCAUGACAAACAUGAAUUCUUCCAGACCCAGACAUUUUUACGAUCCAUAUGCACACCGCGGCGUUUGUGGAAAAGAAGUGGCCGGACAUCCCGUCGUAUCAAAUGUAAAAAUGUCUGGGUCUGGAAGGAUGCCAGAUUUGUCAUGCAGGUUUUCUAUGGCCCAUGAGGUCUGGAGUGCAGCACCUAGCAUGACAAAUUUUGUGAGAUGUCUAUCAUGCCUAUCCUGCCUGAGAAAUUCCCUCUCGACUUGGUAUAAAAGGGACGGCUGUUGGUAAUCAAAAUUAUGCAGCACACAUUUUUUGCAUGAUUCAGAUUUAGCAUGACAAGUUGCAACUUUCCAGACCCAGACACUUUUGCAUAUGAUACGUCGCACUUAGAUCUGCAGGCGAAGUUCGAGGAGAGCCAGCAAAUUUUCGAGCUGCAGCUGCGACAGGAGAUGCAGAACUCCGUCGCGAAGAUAAAGCCGCAAUUUGGCAUGCAGGAGAUCCUGGAAAAGCUGAAACUGGCAGAAGAACAGGAGCGGAACCUGUCCUGGCAGAAGUCCAGCGAGAUGCAAGAGCACAUCGAACUUGCGCAGAAACUCGCGGACAAAAGCAGCACGCUGCAGAAAAACCGAGAGAAGUACUUCCUGAAGGGGUUGGACCACCUCACGUUGUUCUUUCUGGAAAAGCUGCUCCUAGCCAAAGACGACCAGAAAAUUGGCAGAUUGUUGGUGAAGAACACGUAUGAACCGCAAAACUAUCGUACUCGUAUAAAAAUGCAUUACAAAUUUCCCCAGCAUGAGAAAUAAAAUGUGGAUUUACCUUAAAAAGAAGAUUUCUAAUGCAUGACUGCAAUACGAGUACGAUACUUUUGCAGUUCAUAACACGAAACUGGCGAAAGCCAUCGUGUCAAAAGCACAAGUGGACAGUAUUACAAUGAAAAAUGCCCCCACCCCCGAACUUGAAAGAAUUUGUAUUGCAAACCUUUCCAAAUGAUACAUUCGCCCUCUUGCAUGUAUCAGCAUCACAGAUUCCCGAUCGCGAAUAGCAAAAAUUUUUAUUGCAAAAGAUCCCAGCAAGAGCGGUGCUUGUCAUGCAAGCGAUGCGAAACACGACUAGACUCUGCAUCAGAGAGAUUCAUACUCCUUUCAUGCAUGACAAAAAGUUUUCAUUUGGAAACUUCGCAUCACAAAUUUUUGCAACUUUGGGUGUGGGGGGCACUUUUCACUGUAAUAGACAGGAUAAAAACGUUUGCGGCGAGGCUAGAAGCGGGGUCCGAGGAUUUUACGGGUAUGGAAUCGUUCUGGAAUGAGAUACAGAUGUUCUACCAAUGCGCAAUCGACUUGGGAUAUCCCGGGAAUGCGAAAAAGCAGCCGGCAAUAUGGUAUAUAUAAAUUGGAUUUAAGUAUUCAUAUCCCACGCACAUGAAUGAUGACAGUUCUACUUGGACUGCAUUUGGUUGAUAUGUUUUCCGCGUGCGCGGCAUGUUUACACGCGCCCCACACCGAUCGUGCUUUUGCCGCAUUACAAAAGGUGCGCCGACUUCUAUUUUGUAGCUCUUUCUACUUCGCCCACCAACGCCCACCGGGUGGAAGAUGCCCAAGCAACUACCACACCCAGCAUGCGAGUUCUGCGCAUGUUGCCUCUGUUGCGCGCCGCGCUUGCCCCUUUGCCCCGCGUUCUGUAUGUGCGGGUACUUCAAGAUUUGCUUACAGAUAAUUCAUGAUCUUCGUUGUCAUGAUGCAGUGUACUACUAGGCAUUCUUGUGCGAUAGUACUUCUUGUUGUGAGGCGCUCCAUGCAUGAUCAGAAAGUCGAACUACUAGACCUGAAAAAUAAACAGUCCUGCUCAACAACAACAAUAACAGGACGCAACUGGAGAAGGCGCGACUCGCCUACGGCGACCUGGUCACCCGUCGCGGCGCCCCCAUGCAGCUGCUCGCCGGCAACCCGCUGGCCAUCUCUAGCCAGGCGUUUUUGGCGAACGUGUUGCGGGAUUUGGACCAAGAGGAACUUCUGUCGCCGACGAGCAAAAGGAAACUCCGCGUCAUCUCCGUCAUCGGCGCGCAGAGUUCCGCAAAAUCCACGCUCAUGAACUUCCUGUUCGGGUCUGAGUUCGCCGUUUCCGCCGGGAGAUGCACGUGUGGGCUGUACGCGAGCGUCUUUUUCACCAACAAAUCGAAUGCAGCAGGAAGUAGCUCGGCGUCUAAAAACCAGGAGUACGCAAUACUCGUGUUGGAUUCCGAGGGUUUGCUCGGGGUCUCCGAUUCUUCCCGCGGGGACAUCUUUGACGGGCAAAUGACGCUGAUGUGUCUCAACUGCUCGCAUGUCGUCCUGAUCAACCACAAGGGGGAGCUCUCCCGGCAAUUGCAGGACCUGAUCGAGAUCUGUCUCUUUGCGAUGCGGCACCUGAAGAUCAACAAGAACCGGCCGAAGAUCGGGUUUGUGUUGCGCGACCAGCAGGACCGGUCCGUGGAGGUGCACCGGCAGAUGCUGGCCACGAUGAAAAACCACCUGCAUGAGUCCGCCGGGAAGUUGGGCAUCGCGCUGGACGACUUGAUCAAAAUCGACGACACGGCGGUGUUGUGCAUUGCAAAAGCAUCGUACUAAUACAAAUUGCAUUCCAAAUUUUCUCAGCAUGAAAAAUUGAAUUUGUCAUGCUGUUUUACCCUGGAGAGGAAAUUCGUCAUGCAUAACUGCAAUUAGUACGAGCACGAUGCUUUUGCACAGGAUAGAUGUACCUCCUGCCCUCCGCCUACGUCACGGUGCGGAAACACAACGUGGAGGUCCAGUGUAUGGCGUUCUCAAUUGUUACAUUCUCAACUGUUACAUGAAUUUGUGAUGCAAGAAUGGCAACAAGGAAAGGCCGCAUCUUGCAACUCUUGCAUUACAAAUUCGGCAGCACAGAUUCCCAUGCUGUUUAGCCCUUCCAAUAUUUGUCAUGCGAGGCAGCUUCAUUGUGUGGAUGUUGAUGCUCAUUUUGCAUGACAAAUCCUGUAACAGUUGAGAGUGUAACAUUUGAGAACGCCACACAGUGGACGCCGGAACUCUUCUCCCAGGAAGUCCUUGCGCUGCGGUCCUCCAUUUUCGAGAUGUUUGAGUCGCCGGAUAUGGAGAAUGUGUGGGAGAACCUCGAGCAGUGGUACAGCCACACCUGCCACGUGUGGGACACCUUGGUCCGGUUUGGGCACAACUUGUUGCAUUACAAGACGAUCCAGGAGAUCGAGGCGAGGAAGGAUCUGUACGAACUGGCGAAGCAGACGACGCAGUUGAUUAUGGAGGAAGACAACGACGGGUUCCGGGCCCAGUGUCAGACCACGACCAACGGCUUCAUCAAGCGGCUGCAAGACACGAUCAAGUCCGACGAAUCUCUCUCAACCGACAUGAUCGACCUGGAAUUCCACCGCGCUUUAACCUCCCUCCGGGACGACUUCGUGCAGAAGUCGAUGGUUUUAUUCAACCAGAAGGCGAACCUGGACCCCCGGUUCCACGAAACCAUGAAGGAGGAAGCACGGAAAAAGCUGGGCACGCCCAUGUAUCAAAAGGAAAAAUCCCCCCCCAUAUCAAAACGGAAAUCUGUGAUGCAGAUUUGUUGUCACAAAUCAGCUUUGUCAUGCUACACGGGAAAAGAUGAGGACUGUAGUGCUGGGUGGCGUGGGGAAGCCUUACAUCUUCAGCAUGAUAGGAGGCAUCUGAGAGUGGGAAACAGCAUGACAAAUUGCGGCGGUUCUUCUCUGCAUAGCCAUCAGCUCUUCCGUCUAUCAGGAUUCCCGAUCACCGUCUCCCUCGUUCUGCGAGAAGCAGUCCUGCCCAGCUGUCUAGUCCUGUUUCAUUAGUGUCCCGCUGCUGCUCCUCAUGCCCCAACUUCACGCAGUCGGGAUCUCAUCCGUGGUUUUCCUCCAGCUACGCCCAACACACCCGCGGGUCUCGCGUGCUGCUGGACUUCCACGACCCCGUCUCAUUUGUUGGCGUCCUGCUGAGUAGUAAUCCGUCAGUUCCCCGCAAUCCGGCGUCCACCAGCCAGUUCCAGCUUUGCAGUGGCGAUUAGCUUCAAGUAUCUACCUUUCCAGAAUCAGGCGCUCCCAGCUCGUCGUGCCCUAAGCUCAGCAGCGGAUCCUCUCGGGUUGUGGCCUUUCCUCAGAGGUGGGGUUGGGCUUGGGGCGCCAGGCGAAUGGACGGCUUCGCAGCUACGUUGUGAUCGACAAACUGAGAUCGACGAUAAUAGUUGUGUUGCUGGUCCUGUGCCAGUCGCGGGGCAUGUUCGGGUGUUCCGGGCAGUGCUCAGUGCACCCCUCGGACCCCGCACCCCCCCGGGCUUUAGUUGCGCAGUCUGUUAAGCAUGACAAAUUGCCUGCUAACGAGGCCACGACUGCGGCUCUUGGCCUUCUAGCAUGACAAGUCGAUUUGUGGCCUCAAAUACAGCAUCACAAAUUUCGUUUUCGAUAUGGGGAGGGGGGAUUUUUCCUUUCGAUGCCAUGGACUGGGUGUUCGAGAAUUACCUCUACACGUGGAAGCUCUCCUUUAUGGUAUUCUCAAACGUUACAUUCUCAACUGUUACAUGGAUUUGUGAUGCAAGAAUGGGAAAAGUGAAAGGGGGGAAAUUGCGCGUCUUGCAUGACAGAUUUGGCACAGAUUGUCAGCUUGUUUGGCCCUUCCAGAAUUUGUCAUGCAGAGCAGCUUGAGGGUGUAGAUGAUGCAUGACAAAUCCAUGUAACAGUUGAGAGUGUAACAGUUGAGAACGCCAUAUCCCUGAAAAAGAAAACCGACGAGCAGGCGAUGCACAAAAUGUGGACGCACUUUACGUAUGCCGGUUGCAGAAAUUUAGAUCGUAGUUGAACUACGUCUUCUACGGGUCUUCACUGUGGCGAAGAAAUGUUUGCACGACAAGAAAUACCUAUUCUUCCAAGAAGAGUAAAGAAAAAAAGUUCAAUCAAUUUGUUAUGCGUAUUAUCAGGUGGGAGCGAAGGUUUGUCAUGCAAGAUUGCAGGUGAGCUUCUUUAGCCGGCAAGCAACGCAAGGCUACGAUACCAUUUUUGCACGUGAUAUCACCUCCGUCCUGAACCAGUACCUGGCGGAUAGCUCGCACCAAGCAUCGCUCUCCGAGUCGAAGGCACGGGACUUGUUCUCCCAGGAGUGGAACAGUUACGAAUCGGAAUUCCAGUCACGACUGGCCUCGAUUGCGAAGUCCGAGAACGCGAUACAAUAUGAACUAAUCAUCCAGUUCAACAAUGUGGUGUCAAAAUUGAUGCACGAGGGCGGCUAUCCUGUGCAAAAGUAUCGUACUCGUAUUGCAAUCAUCGAUUACCAAUCUUUUUCUUGAGGUAAAUCCGCAUUACAAUUUUUUAUUUUAUUUCUCGUGCUGAGAAAAUUUGUAAUGCAUUUAUACGAAUGCGAUGCUUUUGCACAGGAUAGCGGCCCGUUUGCACUGCUGCAGGAGCAGGGACCGCAGUAUUUGUGGAAGAAGCAAACGCUACUGGACGAAUCAGAUGCGGAUUGGGAAAAGAAAUACUUUCACGACGGGUGGCGGGCGAAGAUUCAAAGGAUAAUCAAGGGGGAGAAAGCGAGUGGGGACAAAACAGGUACGAGAAUUUUAUAUGGAGAAUACUUGAACAUGAACGUGGACGUGCUGAACACACUUUCUCUUUCUUGUACGCACGACAAAAAAAGUCUGUUUUUCAUCUGUCGACGCUACAUGAAAACUCACUAUCGCACAACUGAGUUUGAAUUUUGUGAUGCGAAGUUCGGAACAAGGCGAAGGUGAAGGAUGAGAUAAAAAAGAUAAUUGUGUCCUGAAAUAAAUUCUACGAACAGAAUACAACCUGAAAAACCUGCAAAUGGCGCUGGACACCCCAAAGUUUCUUACGGAACAAAUCAUACCGAAAAUCCGGGCGGUGGUCAAGCGCGCCCUCUUUGAGUGCAUUGUGUACGCAGACGAAAUGGACCCUUUCACCGCGUCGACGCCCUUAGGGGCCAGUGGGAAUCCGGCGGAUAGCUUGCAGGAUAUGUCCUUUGACAGCACGAGUCGGGCGCAAAACGUGGACAACCAACAAAUGAUGGACGAAUUAUUCAAGAAAAAAAGAUUGUAGGUGUAUCAACUGUUUCGGUAUAACAAAUCUGUCUGGCAUGACAGGAAAAAAUAACUGUCAUUCGCAGAUAGAAGGACGUGCAAACGCGCUUGAAUGGACCCUACGACGCACGACCAGCAUGGCAGACGCAAUCAUAUCUUGCAUGUUGCGCAUCACAGAGUCACCUACUUACACCCGCAAUGCUUUUCUGUUGGAUACGAAUCCAUGAUAAUCGAUUGGUUUCGGCAGUUGAUGGACAUUGUGACCCGGGUCACAGAAAAGGAGCACCUCAGCCCAUUUUUGAUCUCGCUGAAGAGGCCACAGUACUCGAAGAUCAAUCUUUGCUCUCAGAGAGCUUUUUUUUAACCGUUGUUGCGCACAACUACUCACUGUGGUUCUUGAUCAUGCCCGCCAGGAACUACAAAGGCAGAGGAGUUUCUGAUUUUUGCCUGUGCGUCGAAGUGCAGAAACAUGAAUCUGACACCCGUCACGUAUGAAAUACAAAUAACAGGUUUAUCCACGAGCUGUCCGUGCUCGUUCGUGUUGCGGCGUACGAGAAACGGUUGAAGGAGGAGGAGCAGCAAAACGCCAAGGAAAUGGACGUGUUGCGAGAGCACAAACAGCAGAUCGAGGACCACUUUUUGCUGAUUAUCAAGGCCUAUGCAUUGCAAAAGUAUCGUACUCGUACUAAUUGCAAUCAUGCAUGACGAAUCUUGUCUCUCAGCGAGAUCAGCACUACAAAUUCCAUUUUUCCUUCUGGAGAAAUUUGUAUUGCGAUUUAUACUAGUGCGAUGCUUUUGCAAUGCAUAAGGCCAACAGCAACGACGUGGAGGUGGCGAAGAACUUCGCCACCCGGUACCACCAGAACAUCAUAUUACAAUGAAAAAUGCCCCCUCCCCAUAUCAAAACGGAAAUCUGUGAUGCAGAUUUGUGGUUACAAAUCAGCUUUGUGAUGCUAGAAGGCAAAGCCAAAAGAUGCGGACUGUAGUGCUGUCUAGCGUGGGAAAGCCUUGCAGCUCCAGGAUGACAGGAGGCAACUGGAAGUGGGAAACAGCAUGACAGAUUGCCUGCAAUUUAUGCUGCAGCUUCGUCUCUUGGCCUUCUAGCAAUACAAGUCGAUUUGUGUACUCAAAUACAGCACCACAAAUUCGCGCAUCUUCCGUUUCCGAUAUGGGGUGGGGGCUUUUUUCACUUUGAUACAUCAAAACCUACAUCCAGCAGGAAAUCCUGAACCUCUCGGCGGAGAUCCGGGAGUCCGUGUUGGCCGAUAUGCCGGACCCGGCGAAGGCCUACGAGCGGGCGUACCAGCAAUCUUUCGGGGCGAGGAAUUACCAGGAAGUGCUGGAAUACGUUUUGGACGUGAACGCGUACGUGGAAAAGCUGUUUCUGAUCAUGUUCGCCAGGAGGAAAGCGUACGUCGUGGAUACGAAGGUUUAUCAUAGCAUUGAAUCUACUUCACCAUGGCAUCUUGCUCUUGCUGUUUUACUAGAUCAACAACAAUUUGUGAGCUAGAAGCUGAAGAAGAUUGAUGAAGUAGACUCUAUCCGAAUGUGAGGGAGAUGGUCAAGCACACUGGAAUUUUUUACCAUGACACACUCACGCUUUUAUUAAACCUACUCAGUCGCGCGUGACAAUGAUGAAAUAAAAAAACCCAGGUUGCCUCUCUCCGCGAGCGCGUCCGCACGGUGUACAAACUUGUCCUCUCUAUCUGCGACCAGUGGUCCACUGCGGUAAAACGUCUCACCCCCGGCGGCAUCGAGGCACCCAAUUUUGCCGCCACAAAAUCGUCCGGCAGUGCAGUAGAAAUAAAUGCAGGAAUUGUACAAGAACUAGAUGAGGGGGAAAUCAAACUAGAGCCCAAAGAAUUAUCCUCGCAGCAAAGUCUGCUGGAUAGCAAUGGCGAAAGGGAAGAGAAAGAGGGAACCGAGAACGUCGCCGCGGAUCAGUCCAUGUCGACGCCGAUGGAGGAGUUACCCGCAGCAAAUGCCGACGGGAUAAUCGUUGGGACUGGAGCAGCGACCAGUUCGACUUCCUCGAAUAAAACGGGAAAAAUCACGUUGAAGGACCUCAAAGGCUUCGUGAAGCAGACCGCAACGCAGCAACAACCCACACCCGAAGAUUUGAAAAGAGAAGCCAACGACCCCGGCAACGCAGAAUUUCUCGGCGAGGCGCGAAAUUGGAAGCAGGACAACUUGCUGAAAGCGUAUAAGGUGGUAGUUGACCGAAUCUAUCUCCCGUGCAAAAGUAAUUAUAUCGCGCGUGUUCAACCAAGGGCAGUAUUUCUGCAUUAAAUAAUCCUUGGAGAUUGUGUAGUUUCUGUUUGUUCGACGUACCACCCAAAGCAAGUUUUUGCUCCGGAAGAAUCUGUCAUGCAAGAACUUCAACUUUUACCAGUGCGAUACACAAAUACUUUUGCAAAAAUGUAUACUAUCCCGGAGACGGCGGAAUUCCCGGUGCGAGACGCGCAGAUCUUCUGUUCCGCGUUCCGUCAGCACCUGUUGCAGUUGCAGGAGAAUCUGGAAGAGAAACAAGACACGCGGCUGAACAUGGGUAGCAAGGUGGUGAAUCUGGAGGAUCUAAAUAUAUCUAUCGGGCAGGUGUGUCCGGAGGUGCCGCCAGAAGAAGACAAGGACAAAUCCACAACCAACAGUUGGAUCGACGACCAGCUCCAGAAAGGACUGCAGGAACAGUCCAAGACCGCGUGGGGGCUGAUUAAGGGCUGCAGUGCCCGGUGCCCCCUGUGCGGCUCGAAGUGCGACCAGGUCGGGGAGCACGCGCGACACCGCUGUACGCAUCACUUGUUCCCGGCUUUCCAUGGGUGGAUGGACCGCCAGAACGGGUUUCCGUCGUUCCACUACUGCAAGUCCAAAGAGGCGUUUGAAGGUAGUUUUUACGUAGGAAGUUGUGUAUGUGUUGGCCACGAUUUUUCAUCUACUUGCACGGAGCGACAAAGUAGUACCCAAUCUUCGAGCAGGUGGAGCAGAGUUCUUGAAAGAUUUAGAAAAACCUGCAUGCAGAACUGCCUGGCUUCAGAUUUUUUAGAUGAAGUGUUGUACAAACCCACACGAUGCAUUGUUGUCACAACAAACAAAAGUAUAGUCGAGUUGCCGGAAGAACAACAAAAAUUUAGGUACCUACCAGUGCAACGACGGGGAGUGGCGGCCGCUGGAAGUGUUCCUGCGUGAGACGCACGAGGCCUGGCUGCCGUUCGGUGCCGAAGAGGACGUUUCUACGGGGAAGGACAUUUCCCUACUCCAAUCGGCUUGGGUGAACUGCAAGGUGCCCCUGUUGGAAUACUUCAAGCCGAUGGUCGACGAGAUGCCCAGUGAGUGGGACGCGUUUCAUGAACCCGAGCGGGCGCUGGUGUUGCAGGAUUUGAGGAAGGCCAAGGACGUGAUUCGGAAGGUGCGGGAGCGGAGAUUUAUUCCGGAAGAUCACUACAAAAAUUUAAAGUGA